CUCACCACUCACUUGGAACGUGUCCCUCUCUCCCUUUCUCUCUCUCUCCCACCCCGACCGCGUUGAUGUUCCGGAGCUGCAUCCUGCUUCUAUAAUACGCAGGAAAACCAGAAAUCGCCGGCAUAUUCUAUAGAUCUGGAUAAAAAACAACGGGAGAAGCAGGCGACUUCACCGCCGGAGAUGGACGUGGCUCAACCGACCGUGGAGCCGUCUCCUGAACCGGUGCAGAAUCAGGAUAAACCAAGCUCUUCUUCAUCUAGUGCAGGAGAAGUUUAUGUUGAGUCCGAGAAAAAAGUUCAUGGCGAAAUCAGUGGAGCGGAAAUAGAUAACUGUCGAGACGAUGCUGCUGCUGAUGCCGGUGGCCCUGUUUCUAACGGCGCUGCUAAUUCUUCAGGGUCUGAUGGAAAGAGCUUACCUAGUUCACAUAAAUUACCAUCAGAAAUCAUGAGUUCUCAUAAGUUGGAGUUACCUUCCAGUCAACUUAGACUGCGUAAAUUACAAUCAGAACUAUCGACUUCUGACAAGUUAGACUCACCUUCCAGUCAACAUAAACUGGAAAAAUCAAAAACCGAAAAGCCUACACGUAGCAACAUACUUGUGGAAGAGGCAUCUCAAAUAUUCGAUGAAAAGAUAUCUGUUCAACAGAAGCUCAAAUUGUUGAACAGAAUUGCUACUGUAAAAGACGAUGGAACGGUAGAAUUUGAGAUACCUGCAGAUGUUGAGCCCAGUGAUUAUGGUCCUGGAGAUGGGAGAGUUCAUGAUGCAUGCAAUGAAGACCCUCUUGACUCAACUGAACCUCGGUAUUUUCCACCAUUGCAGAUAGUCAUGCUUAUUGUUGGAACUCGUGGUGAUGUGCAACCAUUUGUUGCAAUUGGAAAGCGUUUGCAGGAAUAUGGCCAUCGUGUUAGACUAGCAACCCAUUCAAAUUUCAAGGAGUUUGUCUUGACUGCUGGAUUGGAGUUUUAUCCCCUUGGUGGAGACCCUAAAGUUCUUGCUGAAUACAUGGUUAAGAACAAAGGGUUCUUGCCUUCAGGUCCUUCUGAGAUUCCUGUUCAGAGAAGUCAGAUGAAGGAUAUAAUCUUUUCUUUACUCCCAGCAUGUAAAGAGCCUGAUCUUGAUACUCGAAUCCCGUUUAAAGCCGAGGCAAUUAUAGCCAAUCCCCCAGCAUACGGACAUACGCAUGUUGCGGAGGCACUGAAAAUACCCAUUCAUAUAUUUUUUACAAUGCCUUGGACGCCAACUAGUGAAUUUCCUCAUCCCUUAUCCCGUGUGAAGCAAUCAGCUGGAUAUCGGUUGUCAUAUCAAAUUGUUGAUUCUUUGAUUUGGCUUGGAAUCCGGGACAUGAUAAAUGAUGUUAGGAAGAAAAAGCUAAAGCUGCGGCCAGUCACAUAUUUAAGUGGCUCACAUGGCUCAGAGUCUGAUAUUCCACAUGGAUAUAUAUGGAGCCCUCACCUUGUUCCUAAACCGAAAGACUGGGGACCUAAGAUUGACGUGGUUGGAUUUUGUUUUCUUGACCUUGCUUCAAAUUAUGAACCUCCUCAAGAACUUGUAACCUGGCUUAAAGCUGGUCCCAAGCCUAUCUACAUUGGGUUUGGUAGUCUUCCUGUUCAAGAGCCUGAGAAAAUGACACAAAUAAUUGUUAAAGCUCUAGAAGAUACUGGGCAGCGGGGAAUCAUCAACAAAGGCUGGGGUGGUCUUGGCAACUUAACAGAACCUAAGGAUUUUAUAUACUCCUUGGACAACAUCCCUCAUGACUGGCUUUUCUUACAAUGUGCAUCUGUGGUUCACCAUGGGGGUGCUGGAACAACAGCUGCUGGUCUUAAAGCUGCGUGUCCAACCACAAUCGUACCUUUCUUUGGUGAUCAACCAUUUUGGGGAGAAAGAGUUCAUGCAAGAGGCGUGGGUCCUCCACCCAUACCAGUUGAUCAAUUUACACUUCCCAAAUUGAUAGACGCAAUUAAAUUCAUGCUAGAUCCUAAGGUGAAGGAACGAGCGGUUGAACUUUCAAAGGCCAUGGAGAAGGAGGACGGAGUGGAUGGUGCUGUAAAAGCAUUUUUAAAACAUCUUCCCGCAAACAAGAACAAGAACAAGCCUGAUACGGAUAUGGACCCACCACCUGCACCAUCACAUUUAUGCUCAAUAAGUAGGUGUUUUGGUUGUUCCUAGCCUCCCUCCUUUUCACUUUCACUAUCUAGUAGUAUGGUGUUUUGUUUUAGUUAUGAAACGAUGCAUGCAAUCUGUGUGCCAAAAUUUUCUUAUAAUAUAAUGCGGAAAUUUCUUUUA